AUGUCGGUAGCGAAGUAUGAAGCCAAAUUCACAGAGCUUGUGCGAUAUGCGCCACAUAUGGUAAAUACCGAUUACAAGAAAGCUAGAAAGUUUGAAGGCGGAUUAGAUGUUGAGGUUCUUGAUCAAAUUAAUGUACUCAAGUUAAAAAAAUAUGUUGAUGUCGUAGAUAAAGCCAUCAUGGCUAAAGGAAAUGUUGCUACAGUAAGACAAGCAAAGGCACCGAUGAUUGAAUUGAAGGGUAAAAGACCGGGAUCCAAUUUCAAGAAGGGUCGGAACAACUUUAACACUUCACCGAACAAGAGGCAAAAUAUAGGAUCAUCUACUAACUCAAGCCAAGGGAACAAUACACCCAUCUCCCAGAGUGUGGAAAAAGACAUAAGGGAGUUUGUUGCAAAAUUUCUGGCACGUUUUCGGUGUGGAAAAACAGGCCAUAUGAUCAAGGAUUGUCCUUUAGUGUCCCAAAGCACAAGCCAGCCCCGGGCCAGUUCAACUGCAUCAGUAUCAACACCAAGGGAUGCAUAUGUUUUGAUUGAUUCGGGGUCGACACGCUCCUUUGUGUCCUAUGCAUUUGCUUCAAAAUUAACUCAAAUAUUGGAACCAAUGCAUCAUUUGUUAGCUGUAUCUUCUCCAACUGGGAAGUCUAUGACUUGCGUGUAUAUGUAUCCUGCAUGUGAUGUUAAUGUUAGGGAUAUGACUUUAUAUGUUGAUCUAUUGUAUUUAAAUAUCAUGCAUUUUGAUGUAAUUCUGGGAAUGGAUUGGUUAUCGAGGUAUUGUGCUACUAUUGACUGUGUGACUAAACAAGUUGUGUAUCGUUUGUCUGAAGUGCCUGAAUUUACAUUUAACGGGGAUGGUAUCGUAUCUCCCACAUAUUUAAUUUCCUCCAUGAAAGCAAAUAAAUUGAUUAACAAGGGUUGUAAGGGAUUUCUAUGUUUGGUGUUAACGGUGCCAACUACUGCUAAACUUGAAGUAGAUAACAUUCCUGUGGUGAGAGAUUUUUCAGAUGUGUUUCCAGAUGAUUUGCCGGGACAGUUAGUUGAUAGAGAGAUCGAGUUUACUAUUGAGAUAGUACUAGGUACCCAACCAAUUUCUAAGACCCCAUAUCGGAUGUCGACUAUUGAGUUGAAAGAAUUGAAAACUCAGUUACAAGAAUUGCUGAACAAGAAAUUUAUCAGGCCCAGUACGUCUCCAUGGGGUGCUCCAGUGUUAUUUGUUAAAAAGAAGGAUGGAACCCUAAGGCUAUGCAUUGAUUAUCGGGAAUUAAACAAGGUGACAAUAAAGAACAAGUACCCGUUACCACGCAAUGACAAUCUGUUUGACCAACUACAAGGAGCACAGGUAUUUUCAAAAAUUGAUCUGCAGUCUGGAUAUCAUCAGUUAAAAGUUAAAGCUGAAGAUGUGGAGAAAACUGCUUUUCGAACCAGAUACGGCCAUUAUGAGUUCCUUGUUAUGCCUUUUGGAUUACAAACGCACUAG